CUUUUGCUUGCGUCCCAUCGCCCGCCCAGAUUGCCACAACAUGAACCGGAGGAAGCCCUAGUUCACUUGGUCACCAGCUCCGGAGCAAGAUCGCGACUGACCAUGCAGACAUUGCUGGGCCUCCUCCUCGCGCUGCUCUUUAGCGCAGUGGUGCAAGCGAGCUCGUCGCCGGCCAGCCAGCUCUCGCUUCCUUCAUAUCACUAUGGCGCUGCUAUUAGUGUUGAGUGCAUGAACAGGAGCUCAGAGACUGGCGAACACAUCGAGAACCCCGAGAACCACGAGAUCCAAUGGAUCCCUUUCCCCGUGUGUGAAGAGACUGGGAAACCCCUCGAGUUCCACUACGGCAUCGAGGGCGAGGUCAAUUGCACCAUCCCCAUGGUCUCAGACCCCUUCUUCCACCUCCUUGAGUUCUACAUCCACUCCGACGCCCCUCUGUCCUGCCGCCUCCCCGCCCGACCGGCCCCGCACAUUGAGUAUGUCGGCGAGCAGCCCGCCGAGCAGGAGUACAUACCGCUGGUGUUCGCGCUCGCAGGGACGCUGCAGGCGAGCCACAUGCACAUCAGCACGCACCUGAACGUGCUGCUGCACAGCACCCCGAAGCACCACAUCCACCCCCACGACAGCGGCGUGCUGGACUCGGGAAUCGCGUACAGCACAAGCCCUCUGAGCCACAUGGCCGGCAGCUGGACCCGCAAGCUGAUCAUCGGCGACCCUUUGCCCCUGAGCUUCAGCGUGCGCUGGUUCCCCACGCCGUCGCUGCCCAAGACGGAGGGCAAGAUCGAGUGGCAGGGCAUCGGCGGCCAUAUCUACACGAGCACCGUCUUCUACAGCCUCGUGUCAUUCCUGGCCGGCGCGUGUAUCACGGGCGUGUAUUUCUUCGGUAUCGUACUGCCCAGUCGGGUUAGAGGCCGCGCGCUGGGCGGUGCAACGCCGUUGGGAUAUGGACUCAACGGGGUGGGCAACGGGUGGGGGAUACCAAUGGCGAAGCGAAACGUAGACUGAGAAGCUUGAACGGAAAGCUCUGGUUUAGGAGGAAAGGAUCUUGGGUGGUGUAAUGAUAUUUACAAGCAGAGGGUUCAUGUAUACAUUUACAUAUAUAUACUGAGCCUAUCUAUCUAUGGGCAACGGUUAGAUUGAUACUCCAGGCGCUUAAUGGUUUCUACUAUGAGUACUCCAAAUUCAGAAUUGUAUUUCGCAACG